UCGGUUUCGUGUAUAGAGGUUGUCCUCUUCCACCCCAAAAGAAAACGCAGAAAAGAGCAUGGCUACGAAAAUUUUCAACCGUGCAUCUACUUAGUUCUAAUUUAGUGCUAGUCGAAAUACCAUCUUCUCUCGCCCAAGGAGUGGGUCAAGCAGGAUCCUCAGCUGACGAAUGCGAAACGAACAUAGCGCGACUUUUCGAGCAGAGAAUAUCGCCGCAAGGAUAAUGCGAUUUCGUUACGAUUGAUGUGAAUUCGCACAUUUAGUUAAGGAAAAUUUCGAAUUUAGGCGAGUGCCCAAAUGCCGUUACGUUAUGAUGGAUUUCAAGUGAACUGACCGGAGGUGCGCCCUAUGUGUGUCAAUUGAUUUCAUAGUGAUGUUGCUGGAAUAAAUCGAUUGCGCAAGACGAAAAUGGUGGUUUCAGAAAUUGAGAUCGUGAUAGAUUUUGCCAUUGUUGACAAGUGAUUGAGCAAAUAAAUGUUUAGCCAUAAAUUGUAUGCAGUUUCAAUCGAAAAGGCAAGAGUGACAAGUGUUUAGCGGGAAAAGUGUGUUUAUUUACCUCUACGGUGUACGGUGAAUACUCAAGUGUUCUGCGCCUUGACCUGGUUCGAGGGAAUAGUUCAAUCAUAAAUUCCACAUUCUCCACGCUCAAGUGUUUUGACAAAAUGUUUAACCUAAUCAACUCCAGUAGUAACAUUUGCUGUCGAAGAAACUGUUUCAGUGGCCGAAGGAAAUAUUUCACAAUGCUGCUCAUUUUUCUGCUGUACAUGGUAUCCCAAGUGCAGUCGUGUGGCCCAGGCCGCGGAAUCGGAGGCCCCCGAAGAACCCGGAAACUUCUGCCGCUGGUGUUUAAACAACACGUACCCAACGUGAGCGAAAACUCGCUCGGUGCUUCCGGUAUGCAGGAAGGCUCCAUUUCCAGGAAUGAUACUAAGUUUCGCAACCUGGAAACCAACUACAACAAAGAUAUUAUCUUCAAAGAUGAAGAAGGUACCGGUGCUGAUCGCGUCAUGACGCAGCGCUGCAAGGAAAAACUCAACAUCUUGGCCGUGUCGGUUAUGAACCAGUGGCCUGGUCUGCGACUGAUGGUCACCGAAGGGUGGGACGAGGACCACAUGCACGCUCGAGAGUCUCUACACUACGAGGGCCGGGCAGUGGAUAUUAUGACAUCGGAUAAGGACCGCUCGAAGAUUGGAAUGCUAGCGAGGUUGGCCGUCGAAGCGGGCUUCGAUUGGGUGUACUACGAAAGCCGCAGUCACAUACACUGCUCCGUUAAGUCAGAUUCCUCACAAUCCAAUCAUGCUAGUGGAUGCUUCACCGGUGACAGUACGGUGCUAACCGUAAACGGCGAAAAACGAAAACUAAGCGAGCUUCAGAUUGGUGAGAAGGUAUUAAGCGUGGACAGCUCAGGAAACACCGUCUACAGUGAAGUGAUGAUGUUCAUGGAUCGAGAUACCGCUCAGAGUCGAGAAUUUGUACAUAUUGUUGCCGAAGGCGGAGCGCAACUUACCGUCACUCCUGCUCAUCUCGUUAUGGUGUGGCAGAAGGAACUCGGUCAAGUACGCUACUUUUUUGCUGAUCGAGUCCAGGAAGGAGACUAUAUGCUGGUCAAAACAAUCGAUAAUACCUUAGAACCUCGGAGGGUACUCCGGAUAUCUACCAAACUAUCGCAAGGAGUCUACGCGCCGUUAACUAGAGAGGGCACGGUGGUUGUCGACUCAAUAGCUGCCUCGUGCUACGCCCUCAUCGACAGCCAAACGGUAGCUCAUCUCAGUUUUCUACCAUACAGAAUGGUACGAAAAAUUAUGAAUCUUUUUAAAUUCAGCAGCCAAAACAACAGCUUAAGCUUGCCACGACACGAAGGCAUCCAUUGGUAUGCCAAAUCGUUGUAUGCAAUUAAGGACUACGUGCUGCCGGCAAACUGGCUUUAUCAUUAGCAGACCCGCGCAAUCUCUGUUUGCGAAACAAAUUGUGGUCUAUUGUGUACAUUCUGUAAAGUAUUCUGUUUUUACAUAUAGAAGAGCUUCAUUUGUUUUUGAAAAAAUAUUAAGGGAAGAAACGCGAUCGUAUGUGAGAAUCACUUAAAUUAUAUGUGACUGAAUGUGAAAAUGAGAACGCAUGAAACCCUUCACGAUGUUGUCAACAGCGUUGGGGGAAAGGUAAAGUAAUGGAAUUUGCUUAGCAACCUUCGGAAUGUUUGUGAAACGCUCCAUGAUAUUUAAAGACAGCAAACCGUGGCACGAAACAGCGGUUAAGUGUGUGCCUUGUGUCAGAAACGAUGUCUAGUUUUUGUAAGUAGGCCCAAUACUAUAAAUAAUUUAUUCUAAUUGUAAAAAGAUUUCAACCUAACUAAUUUUGUAACUCUUGAUCCAAAAAUAUAAUUGUUAAUACUGUUUGAGAGAAUUCGGCCAGUGAAUAAUCUGUUUUUCUUUCCAAGCGAAUCGAUAUGAAAGAGCCUUUUAGUGUGCGCAACUGAAAACAAUUAUUUAUUAAGUAGAAAUAUGUAACUACAAGAAAAGUGAUAUCUAAUUAUAGUUUGAAUAUAACUGAAUAUUAUUUAUAAUCAGAUAGUAACUGAAAGCUCUCAUGUGAAACGUAAUCGAAUGUAGCAAGUCAAAACUUGCCAGGCUUGCAAUUUUUCAGCACAUGAAACAUUUCCUAAAGCUUCGAACAAUGAAUUCACGUGAAGCUUCGACCAAGCGUUCUAGUUGAAAUAUUUCAUAGUGAGGACUCAAACGCACAAGCGAAACGAAAAUCGAGGCAUGGUAUAAAUAACUACUUACACAAACUGAAACCAUACAUUCCUCUGGCGGAGAAUGUUUUAAUCUGCCAUUGCAUUUUGUAAAUAUAUCAAAAUACGAAAUUAUGAAACUUCUGACUUCGAUAU